UACUUAUCUCCAAUUAAUAACCAAAAAGUUUCAAGGGAAGCUGUGGCUCAAGUGGUAAAGCAUUAACCUUAAGUAUUGGUCAAGCCCCAACACUGGCCAAACAAACAAACACAUAAGUAAAAAGACUGUCACAUGCACUUUUCUCCAACAUCUCCUUCCUACAGGUGAAAUGUUUGACUCUUACAGACAAGAUUGAGUCCUCCACCAGAAAUUUCCCUUCGAACUUAGGAACUCUUCUUAGUGGAGCCCCAACACUCUGGCCACCCUAUCCAACCCAUGAGAUAAACCACACCCCCUUUCCUGUCUUCACAGUGCUUUCCAAGCACUAUUUUGAGAGUUCUAUUUACUGUGCAUGCACCGGACAAGAUUAACUCUUUCAUUUGUCAGUGGGGGAAGACCUUUGUUUUCUAUAGCCUAGUAAGAGCUUUCUGAAGAUAGAAGACAAUGUUUGGUGAAUGAAUAAAAAAGAAAGAAACUUCUCCUAGGAGGCCCAGGAAUCUACAAAGCUUUUAAACCUUUAAAGAAAAGAUUCUCCUCUAGGAUCUAUGGAUCCCAUAGGAUCUACCUUUAUCAGAUUUUCUUCAUAUGCAGACCUUAAGCUAUCUACAGUGUGAACUCUGAAACAGGGUGGGCAGGGGACGGUCAGGCUGCUUCUAACCUUGUCUGUUUUCCCUCCCAGCUUCAACUCUGCCAAAAUGAAGUACCCAUUCCGCCCGCUUCUUGUUUCUGUCAUCCUCAUGUGUGUGUGUGGAGGCAGCAUAGGCCUUGCUGAUCCACUAAGUAAUAAAAACCUGAGCAUGCCCCUUUUGCCUGCUGACUUCCACAAAGAAAACACGGUGACCAAUGACUGGAUUCUGGAGGGGGAAGAAGAUGAUGACUACCUGGACUUGGAGAAGUUAUUCAGUGAAGAUGAUGACUACAUUUACAUCAUUGAUGCUGUUUCCCCAACAGACUCAGAACUGAGUGAAGGCAACAUCCUGCAGCUUUUCCAAGGCAAGAGCCGAAUCCAGCGUCUUAACAUCCUUAAUGCAAAAUUUGCCUUCAACCUUUACCGAGGACUGAAGGACCAGGUCAACACUUUUGAUAAUAUCUUCAUAGCACCUGUUGGCAUUUCUACUGCCAUGGGCAUGAUUUCCUUAGGCCUGAGAGGAGAGACCCAUGAACAAGUACACUCGGUUUUGCAUUUUAAAGACUUUGUUAAUGCUAGCACCAAGUAUGAGAUCACAACCAUUCACAAUCUAUUCCGCAAGCUAACUCAUCGCCUCUUCAGGAGGAACUUUGGAUACACACUGAGGUCAGUCAAUGAUCUUUACAUCCAGAGGCAGUUUCCUAUCCUGGAUGACUUCAAAGCUAAGGUGAGAGAGUUUUACUUUGCUGAGGCCCAGGCAGCUGACUUCUCAGACCCUGCUUUCAUAUCGAAAACAAACCAUCACAUUAUGAAGCUGACCAAGGGCUUCAUCAAAGAAGCUCUGGAGAAUAUAGACCCCACUACCCAGAUGAUGAUUCUAAACUGUAUCUACUUUAAAGGAACCUGGGUGAAUAAAUUCCCAGUGGAAAUGACACACAAUCACAACUUCCGACUGAAUGAGAGAGAGGUGGUCAAAGUCUCCAUGAUGCAGACCAAGGGGAACUUUCUUGCAGCAAAUGACCAGGAGCUUGACUGUGAUGUUCUCCAGCUGGAAUAUGUGGGGGGCAUCAGCAUGCUAAUUGUGGUCCCACACAAGCUGUCAGGGAUGAAAACUCUUGAAGCCCAGCUGACACCACAGGUGGUGGAGAGAUGGCAGAAAAGCAUGACAAACAGAACUCGAGAAGUGCUUCUGCCUAAGUUCAAGCUGGAGAAGAACUAUAAUCUCGUGGAGGCCCUGAAGUCCAUGGGGAUUACUGAGCUGUUUGACAAGAAUGGCAACAUGUCAGGAAUCUCAGACCAAAGGAUCACCAUUGACCUGUUCAAACAUCAAAGCACCAUCACAGUGAAUGAAGAGGGCACCCAAGCUGCUGCUGUGACCACGGUGGGUUUCAUGCCACUGUCCACCCAAGUCCGUUUCACUGUUGACCGCCCCUUUCUGUUCCUGGUGUAUGAGCACCGCACCAGUUGUCUGCUCUUCAUGGGAAGAGUGGCCAACCCUACUAGGCCCUAGUGGCAGCAGUCUGGGCAUCUGAUGUGUUUUGGGGGUACUGUCUGAUUCUGUUUCCCAAUGAGGACAAAGAGUUUGGCAUCGUGACUUUUGAGGUUUAGGCUGCCAAUGUGAAUUCAUGAAAUUUGCCAAGGACUGAGAAGCUUGGGGACAAUUCUGCACAGGAAACAAUGGUGUAAGUCCAGUGGAGUUAGUGUAACUAAUCGAUGAGUCAGCUGUUCUCUAGAUGGUCUGAACAACAGACAGAUUGCUUCACCUUCCUACCACCUCCUCACAGUAAAAUGAUAAAGUGUGCCUGGACACCUCCUUCCUGGGCAUUCCAACAGCCCUAUCCUUGCUCUCGUACUCGAAGCCUUUCUCAUACAGGUCCCUCAUUUGAACAGAGCAAGAAAUGACUCACAUGACAAAUUUCUUACCUCUCCCAAAGAGGGUGUCUAAGUGUCCAUCCAACUAGGUUCGGGGCCCUGGGCAUUGGAACUUAAUUCUGUCAAGGCCCAAUCUUACAUAUCCAUGUAAAUAUCAACUGUGCCCCCCCUGUUGCCUCACUGUUACCCAGAGGGCAGCAUAUAUACUUUGCUACUUCUUCCUUUCUAAGAUAAAUAAACAUAGUCAUAUUUGCUGUCUAUCUGUUUCAAUUCUAUUUGUUGUUGUUGGUGGUGGUGGUGGUUAUGGGGCUUGAACUCAGGGCCUGGGUAAGUUCUUUGGCUCAAGGCUAGCACUCCACCACCACUC